AUGUCAAAACCGAGCGACAAUUCGGACGUGGUGAGCCGCAUGAACACUGACAGUGCCAUUAGGGUGCCUAAUGAGGCGCCUGCAGAAAACUCGCUUCCCCACGACGACGUUGAAAGCGGGUCCGUUUCGGAUUCGAAUGCGAGUGAGGGAGAGCGCAGUGGCUUUUCCGCAGUGCACUGGUUGCUUGUGACCCUCUCCAUCGUAUUCGCGCUGCUGCUGUUGUUGUUCAUUCUGCAGAGGACCUACGGUCGGUUAGACGACGGCAUGUAUUUAUCUAUUCGUAGAAUUGAUUCCGGUCACAGCCUGCGUACAGCGGAACCGUAA